CUUAGAACAAGUUCAUUUUGCGAGGGUACAGUCAGCUGGUUCAAACUUCAAGACGGUUAGGUUGUUCCCCUGGCAUUCGUCUAAACACAGUAACGAUGUCGUCUUGUACUACAACUACUUUAAUUUUUAUCAUGGAUAUACUUUCUUUACGUUUCUGUGUUAUCUAUUAGUUAACGUGAAUGAAGAAUUUGUUAUUAACAAUCAUGGAUCUAUUUUGUUGUGAAUCGAACUUCAGCUCAACGAUUCGUGCUUAUGAUGAUCCUGUAUUAUUAAAAGAUGAUCGAGUUUUGCAUAAUUUGUUAUUAACAGAAGAAAGGUACAUUGUUUCCUCUUCAUAUUUUAAAUGUGUUCAACGUGAACUCAAACCGUACAUGAGAAAAGUUGUGGCAUCUUGGAUGUUAGAGGUAUGCGAAGAAGAGCAUUGUGAAGAAGAAGUAUUGCCUUUAGCAAUGAACUGUAUGGACAGAUUUUUAUCAAUAGUUAAUAUACGGAAGUCUCAGUUGCAACUAUUAGGUGCUGUCUGUCUGUUGAUAUCAUCGAAACUUCGUCAAAGUAAACCAUUAACUGCCGAAAAACUUUGUGCAUAUACAGACAAUUCCGUUACUUUAACAGAACUGUGGGAAUGGGAAAUGCUGGUUUUAGGCAGGCUUAAGUGGGAUCUAGCUGCAGUAACACCUAACGAUUUCCUCGAUUACAUCAUACAACGACUGCCAUUAGCAAAAGCAAAUCAUGUAAUUAAAAGGCACGCUCAAACUUUCAUCACACUAUGUGCCACAGAUUUUAAAUUUACAAUGUAUCCGCCAUCAAUGAUAGCAGCUGCCAGUAUUGCUUCUGCCAUCCAGGGUUUGAUGUGGUUAGAGAAGAGCUGGGCAUCUCAGACAGAGUUACUUAAUCAUCUGCAUCAAAUUACAGGCAUUGAAGUUGAUUGUCUUCACGAAUGUUUAGAACAAAUCGAAGAAAUGUUAUCUAGCCACGUGAAUGCAGCUCAUCUUUCUACAAAUUCGAAACUAGCAGAAACGGAACAAGGUCAGCCAGAAACACCAACCGAUGUUCAAGAUGUACAGUUUUAGUUUAAUUUUUCCUCGCAAACAAUUGAACAUAUGUGAGAAAAUAUAAAAAAAAAGCUUCCUAGUCAUCAUUUAUUUUAGUUUAAACAAUAUAUAUAUAUAGCGAUUAUACAAUGCUUAGGCCAUAUAUUUUACUGUAUUGUGACUGUGCCUUACGUGUUGCAAAGGUCUAAGUUACUUUGGUAAAGGAAGAAUAAGAAGAAUAACUUCAAUUCUGCUUAUUCACGUGAAUAAUAACAAUAAGAACUUGGUUUCUUCCACAAAUUUGAGAAGGAAUAAAAAAAUAUAAUUCGUUAUUCUAGAAUUUUUUGUACAUAAAAAAACUCAUUCGACUCAGGAAUCAUACCUCGUUCGUCUCAUUUACCUCAUAAUCAUUUUUUUUAUUAUGUACUUAAAUUGAGAAUUGUUGUAUACUUUUUUUCUUUUGAUAUCGUUAUCUGUCCAUAUAAAUAAAAUUUUAAAACUGCA